CGGGUGAGGAGAGGAGAGAGCGGUGCUCCGCCAGCGGACCAGGGAGAGAGAGAGCGUGGUGAGGAAUCCCAGCAGCCCCAGGAGAGCGAGAGCCGGACCGGCUGGACCCCCGGAGGAAGACCCGAGAGAGAACCACGUUGCCACGGGAGAGGCCUCUGUUCAGGGCUGCAGCAUGUUCACUUCAGUGAAGGCCUUCGAGGGGCAGCAGUACUCCACCCUGAAGAGGCAGUGCUUGCAGAGUGGCCUGCUCUUCGAGGACCCCCGCUUCCCCGCCACCGACGACUCGCUCUUUUACCAGGGCAACAGGAUCGGACGUGUGAUCUGGAAGAGGCCUCGGGAGCUGUGUGAAGACCCUCACCUGUUUGUAGAUGGCAUCAGCGCACAUGAUUUACAUCAGGGACAGCUGGGGAACUGCUGGUUCGUAGCGGCAUGCUCCAGUCUGGCCUCCAGAGAGUCUCUGUGGCAAAAAGUCAUUCCCGACUGGAAGGAGCAGGAGUGGGAUACAGAGAAGCCAGACUCGUAUGCCGGAAUUUUCCACUUCCGCUUCUGGCGCUUUGGUGAGUGGGUGGAUGUGGUGAUUGACGACCGGCUACCGACGGUGGACAACCAGCUGGUCUACUGCCACUCCAACGACAGUAACGAGUUCUGGAGUGCCCUGGUGGAGAAGGCCUAUGCCAAGGUUUAUGGCUGCUACGAGGCUUUGGACGGGGGAAACACCGCAGAUGCACUGGUGGAUUUCACAGGUGGUGUUUCGGAGCCUGUGGACCUGCUGGAGGGUCAGAUGGCAACAGACGAGGUGGCCCGUAACCAGCUGUUUGAAAGAGUUCUCAAAGUCCACAACAGAGACGGUCUCAUCAGCUGCUCCAUCAGGGCGACCACGGUGGAGGAUAUGGAGGCUCGACUGGACUGUGGCUUGGUCAAAGGCCAUGCCUACGCCGUGACAGAUGUACGGAAAGUGCGGCUAGGUCACGGACUGCUGGCCUUCUUCAAAUCAGAGAAGCUGCACAUGAUCCGCAUGAGGAACCCCUGGGGAGAGAAGGAGUGGAGCGGCCCCUGGAGCGACAGUUCGGAGGAGUGGAACAAGGUGAGCAAGAGCGAGAGAGAAAAGCUGGGUGUCACUGUGCAGGACGACGGAGAGUUCUGGAUGACAUUUGACGACUUCUGCCAGUACUUCACUGACCUGAUCCUGUGCCGCCUCAUCAACACCUCCUACCUGAGCAUCCACAAAACCUGGGAGGAGGAGGUGAUGAGAGGCUCCUGGGUCCACCGCCAGGACCCCCUGCGCAACCGGUCCGGUGGCUGCAUCAAUCACAAGGCCACCUUCCUGCAGAAUCCCCAGUAUGUGUUUGAUGUGAAGAAAGUGGAGGACGAGGUGCUGAUUUGCUUACAGCAAAAAGAAAAGAGAGCCACACCCAAAGAGGGCAAAGGGGAAAACCUCGCCAUCGGCUUUGAUAUCCACCGGGUGGAGCUAAACCGUAAGUACCGUAUGCACUCAGCCCAGCAGAAAGUAGCGGGCUCCAUCUACAUCAACUCGCGCUGCGUCUUCCUCAGGAAGGAGCUGAAGGAGGGCCGUUACGUCAUCAUUCCCACCACCUUUGACCCCGGGCAGCAGGGUGACUUCCUGCUCCGUGUCUUCACUGAUGUGCCUUCAGACUGCAAGGAGCUGACUCUGGACGAGCCUCCUCAGACAUGUUGGACAGGGAUGUGUGGCUACCCUCAGCUGGUCACUCAGGUCCAUGUUCUGAAUGCUGAGGGUCUGCAGGGACAGGACUCCAACGGAGCUGUAGAUCCGUACGUGAUCAUCACCUGUGAAGGAGAGAGGGUUCGUUCACCAGUUCAUAAGGACACACGCUGCCCAAACUUUGACAUCAAAGGCCUGUUCUACCGCAAGAAACCCAAGGAUGGCAUCCACAUCGAGAUCUACAACAAGAACAUGAUCGUGGACACCUUCCUGGGUCAGGUGAUCAUGUUCAGCGACCCCAACGAGCGGCAGGAGCAGCACACGCUUCACCUCCGCGACAAGGGCAGCCGCCAGGACAACGACCUCCCGGGCACGCUCACUGUGCGCCUCAUCACCUCGACCACGCUCACCAACAUCUGAUGCGAUCGUUUGUGUGAUUAUGAUGAUCAACACACAAGGUGGCGUUCAAUUGUGCCCGCCGGUCGUGUCCGCCGUUGAUCCUCCAACUAUGGCAGGAGCUCACUGUGUCUUUUUUUCUGCCGCUUGCGCUUUUCUCUUUGUGUCUCUUAUUGUUUCCCCUUUUUUCUUUUGCUUCAUCAUUUAAAUUCUUUGAAGGUUUUUUAAGGCCUUUACCUACAUUUCUGGAUGAGAAGUGUCCACAGACAAUAUUUGGGGUUUGUAUUUAAUAUCUCUGAACACAUUCCUGCCAAAAUCAUCAGUUAUUUAGUGUUUGCUUCAGAAAUGUGUUCUCAAAGUAGGUUUUAUUGCAGCUUUUGUAGCCUGAUCAACAACUGAGCUACACUUUAACACAUUUUUCAGAAUAUAAGCUUAAAUUAGUGAAUCGGUCAACCCGAAACUACAAUUUCUUAUUUUCUUUUUCUGCAUAUUGUUAUAUUCAAACACACACACACACUCAUACAUGCACACACAAUACACAUGCAGACAUUUCUGCACUCUCCAUGCAUGUGCCAAUGUUUCCAAGGGCUAUGCAUUGCCUUAAGGUUGAGUCUGUCUCUCCACCUUGAGGAGGCGGGGGAAUAAAGUUAAAUACUCUUUAUGUUCUCCAUCAGCUGUCUUCAGUGUUAGCACAGCCUCCAUUUCUGUUCCUGCUUUUUCCCCUCAUAGUUUUAGUUUCUAUCUCCUAUAUACUGACACAACAUAUACUCUUUAUACCUGUGGAUAAUUGCCCCACACCGUCAGCUCACCCAGACACCUCAAGUCUUCACCAGUUUGCCGGUGCUUUGGAGAGCAUGCAGCACUGUCUGUCACUUUUUAUUGUGGACUUUACAAAAGGAAAGCCAACAGCAGCUAUUCUCUCCCUCUUUACUGAGAGCUUUUCUGUGUUGUUCUGUGAGCGCGCUCGUGUGAAAUCUUGCCUCCCGUCUUCCAUCACUAGAACCACUUCAAACUCCCCGAGACGCUUUUCUGCCGGUUGCUAUGGACGAUCUUAAAAAAACUGCAUGGCUUAAAAACUAAACUCUUUGCCUGUGAUGCACAUCUUUCCGGUCGUAGCUUAGCAGCCGGUGCUUUUGACAGUGCUAUCCUCGUUGUUUGAUCCCCCUCCAUGUGUACACCUCCCCAGUUCAGCGGAGUGCAAAGAUUCACCCUGACAUAAUCAAGUGCUUUAUGGGACCAAAGAUGAGCCUCCGCUCUCUUAGUCCCUUUCGGACCGCCCUGGCCUGGCCUGGCCUGGCCUGGCCUGGCCCAAGCCUAGCUAUAAACCACCACCCCCUGUGCCACAUCAUCUCUUAACGGCAACACCACUGCCUGACGCUUCCUCUGACUUGAGUCUUUUGGCCCGGGCCAUGGACUCAUGCCACGUGACCCUGAGAGAGAGGCAGCAGCUGUGCUGCUGCUGUUGGCACAGAACAAGCAUGAGUGUGUGUGUGUGUGUGUGUGUGUGUGUGUGUGUGUGUGUGUGUGUGUGUGACAGUGUGUGUGUCCUGCUAGUUCCAGUCUUGUGCUGCGUGCGAGUGUCUGGGAGUGCUCGAGGAUGAAUGAAUGUAUAUCUGUUAAUCCACCUGGAAAAGAAAAUGAUUUCUGAGGAGAGGUGUGAACCGAAAGGAAAAGAGCCCUUUAGCGGAACACACACCUUGCACUUUAUUUAAUUUUAAAAGGGGAAAAAAGACCCUUAAUGGAUGAGAGAAAGACGAGGGUGAGCAGAGAAGACGUCCUGUCAAACAACCUGUGCCAUCGCCUUGGUCCUGGAUUUGCCUCCACGGCAGGAAAACAACACGAGACAAAGUGUUAAGUGAUUUCAGAAGGAUUACAGAUGGUUUUUGCAUAUUGAACCAACACUGGUAUGAUGUUAUCUAUCUCUGAUGAACUUUGGCAUUUCUUGAUCAUGUGGCCAUCGAAUUGAUCUUUAGCACCUAGGCUUUUUGUGACAGAAGCCCAGACAGAAAAUCACAACAUGUGUUUUCAAAAGUGCAAUAUCAUUACAGAGACUUUUCAUUCCAAGUUUUAUUGAGUUCUGGGUUUGUCUUUGUCUUUUUAUUUUUUUCAUAAUAAGAAUUAAAAAUGUAAGUCAUUUUCAAGACAUUUCCUUUGAAUGUAAGACAAACAGUUAGUGAACUAAUCUCUCAGUCAAACUAUCAAGUCCGUUUUCCUGAUUUUUUCAGCGCCUUUUUCCAUUACUUGAACUGUCACACAUGGCAUUUAAUUGAUCACACACACCUUUGUGUACAGCAUCUUUAUAAAUGUGUCUUGCAUGGGUUAUUUUCCAAUAUGUUCAUGGCCUUGUAUUGUACUGUUCAAUUGUUACUGAUAUAUAUAUUUAUUCUUUCUAUCUAUCUCAAAAGUCUUGGAAAUGCUAGUUUUGAGCAGUCAGCAUGUCUACACUAAUGCACCUCAUGUCGGUCUGAUCAUAUCAACAGGUUUGAAACAGUUAUGUCUUGUAAUACAGUGAUGCAUUCAUAAUGCCUCUAGCAUCGUGAACAUUAGCAGCAGUUGUCGACUUCUAUUUAGGUGCUAUUUAUCUUCUCUGUGCUAUUUUUUAUAUUGUUUGGGAAAGAAAGCAAGUGUUUGGUAACAGGACUGAAUUUGGAGAAUGUGAGCUUGCAGACAGACAGUGUUAGAAACUGUAGCGCCAAGCAGUGUCAGGUUAGACAUGUGAGCCUGUGCCUGGAUGGCUGCUGGUUUUUAUUUACAGACCAGGUGGGUAAUGAAAGAAGCCCUUCUCCCACCCUCACUAAGUACCGCUGAAGUGUCCUUGUGCAAGGCACUGAACUCCUAACUGCACCAGUGGAGCCUCGUAGUGGCCAGCUAUUGUACAGCUUCCAUGUGUGACUGACUGUACAUAUUUCUGUGUGAUUAUAACCCCCCUCCCAGGUCAAUACUGUGAAUAUGUUCAACUUCAGCUUGAAACGAGGGUGGAAUGAAGGGUUAAUGCGAGAGAUUAUUGGUGCCAAAGGAGUGUAUUGCACAAAAUGAGUACACAGACCAGGGGGUGGAACUAGCUCCUGUAUGUUCUUCUCACGUUUUACUGUUACGUUUGAGUCACAGAAUGAAUAUCCUGCAAUCUCUGAAAAUCCAAGAUGUAAUUCAACAAAACUUUCUACUGAUCUGAAGAAGUUUCCAAAAUCCUCAAAGCCCCUUCUUAACAUCUGGAUACAAAAUAUUUUGCUCCUGUCAUGUUUGGUAACACCACAUCUCUCGUUAUACCUUUUGUUUGCUUGUUGUGAGCAACUCGAGCUUUUUUCCCUAGGGUAUUUUCAUCUCAUUUGCAGCCUCUCCUAGGCUCCUUUUACAUUGCCUCUUCAAGGCGAGAAUCUCACGCUGUUAUUCUGCCUCCCCAUACUGUGUAGAAAGUACAGUUGUGGAAUUGGGGGGACAGAGUUGUCUUUCCCUUAAGCCGGCAUCAGAGGUAAUAACAGCACCGAAAUGAUGUCGGUAUAAGCAGGACAGAUGGCAAGGUAGCAAAGUAGCUGCUAGCAGUUAGCAGCUAACUUGAAGAACAGCAGCCAAAAAUGUCCACAAACUGAGAAAAUAAUGAGGUCCGGGAGCUCCUUACCCAGUCAAUCUUACGCAUAUGUUAUAUGUCACACUAAAGGCUGACGCUGUUGUGUUACAUGUCACGCCUGAUACUAUGUUACAAGCUGACACCACCUGGCCGCCAACCGGCGACUAUCAUAUCGCCACAAAAGGUGCCUUUGUGCGUUGGUGUCUGACACUGAAAUCACUUACAAUGUAUUUGACGAGUUGGGAAUGAGAAUGGGCCUGAUGGUGAGAAGUGUCUUGGAGGAUUCUGAAAAUCCCUUUUAAAAAAUAGUACAAUUUUUCAAACAACCUUCUUGAUUUUUCAGAGAUCAUUUUCCAGAAAUUUUCACUUAGCUCUCUGAUUUAAAUUCAAAAGUAAUACUACAGAGGCACAAACAGGCAUCAACUAAAGACUAACAGACACACUUCAACCCUAAUUUGGCUUAAAUUACACACAACAAUCACUAAACCAUGUCGGGUUAAUAACUGUUACAUCAUAAUCUGUUUUAUUGAUUGGACGGAGGCUGAUUUUAUAUUCCAGAGUUUCACUUCUGAUGCCAGUACCAUAUUUUACAUUGAGAUUUCACAUCAGGUUUUACAGCAACCACCAGUUGUGUUAUUUCUUAGAUGUGUUUUUUAUGAGUAUGGAUGUGGCACAGAAAUAUAACAGCUAACCCACAACCUGACAGCUUUGAUAUAUGGGAGUAUUUGGGGAUUCAGAGUCACUGUGUCGCUCACAAUCCCACAGUAAUAGUACGAGCAAGGAGCUGAAAUGUGGGAACGAACAGUGUGUUAAGCUCAAUGUGAAACCUUAUCAAACACAUGUGCCACAGCAGUGCCAAAAAGACAAUGGGCCUAUUGAAAAGGGAUGCUUUUGUAAAGAUGUGACUGUUUGAAAAAUGUAAGACAGUUGAAGUUAUUGUCUGUUUGUUUUUAUUGUUGUUCUCCACGUCAUGUCUUCUUUUGUUUUGAAGUGAUUCUCAUUACAUUGCUAUUGUUACUCAUUUGUAAUUGUUGCACAUUGUGAUUCUCUGCCAAAAGUGUUAUGGCUUUCACUGUUAACCACUACACACACACACACACACACACACACACACACAGUAUACACACAAACACUCCAGCUACUAGACUAACCAGACUUGGUUGGAGUGUACGGACCUUGACUGGUUUUUUGACAGUUGCUACAAAGCUUGUCGGUUUUCUGUACAUAUUUUCCGCACGGCCAUGCCAAAGCAGAUUUUAAGAACAUGAAACCCUUCAGAUGAACUGCUCACAACGGUGGUGACUUUUGUACGAAUCCAGAAAAAGAAAAAAAUGCCAGUGCAUGUAGCAAAAUCGCUUCAAAUCUGCUCGCUCCAUUACGAAUCACAGAAUAUAUAUUUUUGUUUUUCUUGGAGUGUUGUAAAACAUAAUCCGCUGUUGCUACUUUGAUAAACAUACUGUGUGAAGUAGAAGGCUUAUGUUGCACACUUGCAUGCAUUGAAACAGUAUCCAGUUUUAUAACAUUUUGUAUUCAGUAACCUGCAGUAUACAGUAUGUAUAUAAAAGUAGCAGCAACUUAUCAGUUGUUAUUAUUAUGGGAUCCAUGUUUUGAUGGAUGUUAUACAGUAUAUUCUAGACAUUCAUUUAUAAAGAGGAAGUUGUCCUUUCCCACUUCCUCUAGUGAUCAGCAAGAAUACUUAGAGGAAUCAACUGCAUUAUUUAUUGAUGGCCCCAUGAUCCCUUGCAUUAAUUAUGGGUGUGAAUUCUGGUUCUUCCUUUCACUGCACUGGCAUCUGCAAAAGUUAGUGGUAUGCUACAGGUGUCUUUAAUUUUCUUGGAGAUUUAGGAGCAGUGACUGAUGUGAGAACACAGCCUGUCAAGCCUAAAAGGUGAAGACAUUUUGGUAAAUUCAUUAAUUUGUUUUCUUGCCGAGAGCUAGAUUAGAAGAUUGAUCCCACUCUCGUUUCUGCAGCAACUAUGAAGCCACCACCAGCAGACACUUAGCUUAGCAUACAGACUGAAAAAUGAGGGAAAAAACAAGCCCCCUUUAUCUAAAGAUGACCUACCAGCACCUCUGACGGUCAGAGAACUAGCGGCAACAAAAGCUGAUUGUUGUGUCGCCUCACAUUGCCUGUCUCAGCCAAAAAGUUGCACACAAACACACAUCAAAGACUACUGCUCAUGACCAACCAGCAUGUAUGUUCUGCGCCUGCGUGAGAGGAAAUAACUCCACACCAGCAGACAGUCUGUAUUCAUCAUUCAAAAAGGGAAACUGCAAGACCGUCUUGACGCUGGUCAGCCAGUUAGCACAUUAACAACAUAAUCCGAUGCUGAAAUAACAGAGCAUAUUUACCGUGUGCCAGUGAACAAAAAAAAAAUGAUGCCAUUGAACAUCACAAAAUGUUUUUGCUUAAUAGCUCAGUGGCUAAAGAAAAAUACUCUUACCUCAUGUAACAAGUUCGAGUUGGUCUCACUCCCUCCUGACUUUAGCUCUUUGUUUACUUUCCUCACUUUUGUUUCUCUUUUUGUGCGCUGAGCUGAACUGCCAGUCAGAGUGAUUUCAUUCACCGGCGGGCUCCCUUGUCUCUACGUCUAUUUUACAUGCUGAAUUGGCCAAAAAAAUGCUAACAGGAUCCAACGAGGGGCAACAGCGCAGGACAUACUGCACCGACUAGGGCAACAGACACUCAUCAACAGCCCAACAUCAACCAAUGGCUGACUGUCAGCUUGGUCUCUCAGGGCCUUAAAGUUUAGUAAUCAACAAGUUUUACCACUUAAAAAAAAAAUCAGUUUGACAGUGUAAUUCGCAAUUUUGCAGCCGCUGUCUAUUUUCAUUGUGCAUUGUGCAACGCCCUGUGUGGUGACACAUCCUUGAUUUCAAUGGUUCUGCACAAAACUGGUGGAAAUGCAGACUGGUUUGCUAGCUAGCACUAAGCUUCAAAGAAUCCUGAACGGAACAGGUUCAAGAGCCAGAGCAAAUCUGGUGAAAAAAUUGGGUAAAAGUGAGUUGCUACCAUAUGUGAUGUGGAACUUUAAAGCUCAACUUUCCACACUAUUUUUGCUUUGAAGUAGGCAAGGUAACUUAUUACUGUCCCGACAAGCCUCAAAGCUUCAACAAAGUUGCUAAAUAUGCUACUGGAAGUUAUCAGCAACCACUUUUUAGGUACCCCUCCCACCUGUCACUAGUUGGAGGCUGAGGUAUGGUCACAUCUUAGUUAAGGUGUGAAAGUUGCUCCACUUUUACACCUUUCAAAAAAGGGAAGACACCUGGAGCAUGGCACUCACAAGGUAUCAUGGGACCAGGAAUAAGGUAGAUGGACUAAAACUGAAAACGUGGGAUUCAGAGCGCAGAAAAGUGAUUUAUUUUUGUGUUUAUUUAAGAAACUUUUUUCCCGUUUGUCACUUGUAGACAGAACAAUGACUUGAUGGCAGUCGAGGUCUCCUUGCCUGCUGAUCUUAUAGCCUCGUUAACUUGGAUACUGCUGCAUGUGUCUAAUGUUACUAGACAUUGGUUCCAGACAGAUUACACCAGGUACUGUAUUGAAUUUGACAAUGUUGUACCAAGUCACCGGAUUCCUUCCGCAUCCUCGUCAUCGACAUUUUUAUCUGAGAUCGAGUCUUGUCCACUCAAAAGAAUGAGCUUGUGAUUCUUCUUGUAUUUUUCUGCUGAUGUUUAUUAACUGGAAACUGGAAUACCUACUGCAUGGUGACACUUCUAGAAGAUGCUACGGUCUUUAUAACAAGUAUCUUUUAUCAGUAUUUUAUAACCUUGUUAAUUUUAUAUAUCCACUUUACCUUGCGUUCCAAUCUGGUAUGUUUACUGAUAGCUAGGUUUCAGAGAGCUGUGCUGUAUGUUCUGUACUGUGUGCUUGUCUGUGUGUUCUUUUCAGCGUGAGCUUUCCUUUUUUCUUUUUUUAAUGCGUGUUCGUUGAAUUUGGUUCUCGGUUACACUGUGGUUAUUUUAUAGCUACAAUAUGAAAUUAUUAUUUUUUCUUUUGUAUUUAAUGUCAACUUGUGGCAUGACUUUGAAAUAAAACAGGAAAACCUUU